AACUUGGACUUGCCACUUCGUCUUGACUUCGAAUUCAUUGUGCUUUUGUUUUUUGGUCAUAAUAGUCGAUACAUUUUGACCAUGCAGCUGAUCUAUCGCGAACUGGAGGCGGAUAUAGUCCGUCGUACUAAUGCAGUAUUCCCGGCCCAAAAUUGCUUUGUGGAAGUGCUCCCCGACCACUUGAUAAUUCCGCGGAAGUACGUGGAGCUGGGAGAAUCCAUUCGUUCACUUCCGGUUUAUGAAGACGAUGUGUGGAUGGUGUCCUAUCCACGUACUGGAUCCACUUGGGCCCAGGAGAUGGUCUGGCUGCUGGGUCAUAAGUUGGAUUACGUAGCCGCAGAGCAGGACUUGCGAUUGCGUUCCCCACUCAUCGAACUAUCCGCUCUGUUCAGUACCGAUCAUCAUGAGACGGUGGCCGAAAAAUUUGGAAAUACCGUUGAACUGGUUCGCAAUCUGCCCCGCCCACGCUUCGCCCGAUCCCAUUUGUCCUGGCAAUUAUUACCGGAGCAAUUUGAGACGGUGAAGCCGAGGAUUGUUUACACAGCUCGAAAUCCCAAGGACCUUUGCGUUUCCUACUACCAUUACUGCAAAUUGCUGCACGGAAUCAAUGGGGACUUUGAGCAGUUUGUGGAUCUCUUUCUGGAGGGACACACUCCCAUGGGAUCCUAUUGGAAGCACGUGCUGCCCUUUUGGAAACGGAGCCAGGACGAGAAUGUGCUGUUCAUCAAGUACGAGGACAUGAUCAAGGAUCUGCCGAGUGUAGUUCGUCGCUGUGCCAGAUUUCUCGGCGUUCAGAGUCUCCUGGAUGCUUCCAGUUUGCAGAGCCUCUGCGAUCACCUGACCUUCGACAAGAUGCGGGCCAACAAGGCGGUGAAUUUGGAAAAGUUGCUUCCGGAUUCAGCUACCAAGUUUAUAAGGAAUGGCAAAAUCGGCGACUGGCAUAAUCACAUGGGAAAUGAAAUGUCCGAGCGUUUCGAUGCUUGGAGUGAGCAGCAUGUUCGCGGUGCUGGAUUAACCUUUGACUACGAAUGAUUUUAUUUGAUUAAAAUACAAAUUUGUUAAUU